UAUCUAUUCUAGACGGAGUUUUACUCACGUAUUGAGCAAUAGUGUGUAAAAUUUGAGUGAAAUAGCGUCGAAGAAAAAUUAAAAUUUGUGAAAAUGGGUAAAGGAUUCAACAAUUAUAUGUGCAAAAAGUUUUUUCAUCCAGCGUCACGAGACAAUUUAAAACGAGUAUGGAUGGCAGAACAGCAAGCAGACGCUUAUAAGAAAAAACAGGAGGAACUACGGGUACAAUAUGAGAAAGAACAAGAUCUUCACAAUAAUAAGGCAUUGCUAAGCAAAGAAAGCAAGGACAAACUCAGUGUAAACUUUAUGUACGAACCACCUCCUGGAGCAAAAAAAGAAAGAGAGAAAGAAGAUAACGAACCCGAAUACAAGUUUGAAUGGCAGCGAAAAUACAAUGCUCCUAGAGAAAGCUAUUGCAAAGGAGACAGUGAGAUUCGAGAUCAACCUUUUGGUAUACAAGUUAGGAAUGUGCGUUGUAUCAAAUGUCACAAAUGGGGCCAUAUAAAUACAGAUAAAGAAUGUCCACUGUACAGUCAAGCAAUGAGUGUGGUAAUGGCUAGCAACAAUAAUAACAAUACGCAAGCAUCUUCUGCCCCAGAUGCCAUGACGCUUGUACAACAAAUGCGGGAGGACGGUUUGGCUCUGAAAAAAUCUGCCUUAGACGCGCAACAGCAUUUACGCGUCACAGAACACGACCAUCUCAUGGUCUCUGAAGAUGAGGAACAAUCGGAAAUGCAGUUUAUAAAAUCGUUAACAAAAAAGGAAAAGAAAAAACUACUAUUAAAAUUACAACUGCUUGAAAGAAAAGUCCGCAAGAAAGAAAAAAGAAAAUUAAAAAAAAAGAAAAUGAGAAGUAAGAAGAGAUCCAGCAGUGUUACCAGCAGCAAGAGUAGUAGUAAUAGCAGCAGUAGCAGCAGCAGCAGCAGCAGUAGCGACAGUAGCAGCAGCAGCAGCAACAGUGAUUCAGAAGAUUCCUAUUCAAAGAACAGAAGGAAACAAAAAAAGUUAAACUCAAAGGAACAACGUGCGCACAAGAUUCACAAGCAAAAACAAAGUAAUAGCGCGCAGAAGUACAGACACAAGGAAACAGAAUUCAAACAAGAUUGGCAUGAUAAAGGCAAACAUCAUCAUGAUAGAAAAAGAAAAUUGAAAGAUCAAGAUCAUGGAGAGGAGGACAGAAAUAACUCGCAUAGGAAAGGAAAGAGAAAGCACGCACAUUAUUAGUAAUUAUUUCGACGAUGUUUAUAACUAUAAUAUUGUAUUGUUUAUGAAAUUACUAAUAAUAAUAAUAAUAAUAAUAAACACUUUCUCUUUUUAUCAUUGGUAUAUCUUAAUGCAUUCUUUUAACUUAAAUUUAAUAUUGCGAUUUGAAGACAUAAUACGCCGCAGAUUUUAUAUAUAUAUAGAUAGAUAAAUAUAUAUAAUUAUGUAAUAU